AUGUUGAGAUCGAGUGUUAAAGUUGCCAGACCAGCGUUAAGCUCUGGCGUCAACAGACGGAUGUUGAGCUUCGCCGCCCCACAAUUCGGUGGUGUCUUACAGUCCAAGAAAGCGCAACUGCAGAACUUCAGACUGUCGAGCUCGAGAUACGAGUCGACAAUCGUCAAGGUUCCUCCCAUGGCCGAAUCUCUUACUGAAGGCUCCUUAAAGGAAUUUACUAAACAAGUUGGCGAAUACAUCAAGCAGGAUGAGCUUUUGGCCACCAUCGAGACCGACAAAAUUGACGUCGAGGUCAAUGCGCCAACCACCGGGAAAGUCACCAAAUUGAACUUCCAGCCGGAUGACACUGUCACUGUGGGCGACGAUUUGGCUGAGAUCGAGGCCGGUGAAGCACCUGCUGAAGGAGCAGGUGUUUCCGAACAAAAGGAGGCUCCUCAACCAGAACAAAAGGAAGAGAAGGCUGCCCCUGCUCCAGAACCAAAACAAGAGCCAAAACAAGAGGAAACUAAAAAGACCACUCCUCCACCUCCACAACCUAAGAAAGAGGCUGCUCCAAAGCAACAAAGUGCUCCUGUCGCCAGCUUCUCUCGUUCCGAGCAAAAGGUCAAAAUGAACCGUAUGCGUUUGAGAAUCGCUGAAAGACUGAAGGAGUCUCAAAACACAGCUGCCUCUUUGACAACUUUCAACGAAUGUGACAUGUCUGCUUUGAUGGAUAUGCGCAAGUUAUAUAAGGACGAGAUCAUUAAGAAGACCGGUACUAAGUUUGGGUUCAUGGGUCUGUUCGCUAAGGCUUGCACUUUGGCUGCCAAAGACGUUCCAGCUGUCAACGCUGCUAUUGAUGGAGACCAAAUUGUGUAUCGUGAUUACACUGAUAUCUCCGUCGCUGUCGCCACACCUAAAGGUUUGGUUACCCCUGUGGUUCGUAAUGCAGAAUCCUUGUCCGUUUUGGAAGUUGAAGAGGAAAUUUCUCGUCUAGGUAAGAAGGCUCGUGACGGAAAGCUAACAUUGGAAGACAUGGCUGGUGGUACUUUCACCAUUUCUAACGGUGGUGUUUUUGGCUCCCUGUACGGAACCCCUAUCAUAAACCUACCUCAAAGUGCCGUUUUGGGUCUGCAUGGUGUCAAGGAAAGACCAGUUACCGUUAAUGGUCAAAUUGUUUCGAGACCUAUGAUGUACUUGGCUUUGACAUAUGACCACAGACUCUUGGAUGGCAGAGAAGCAGUUACAUUCUUGAAGACUGUCAAGGAACUGAUUGAGGAUCCAAGAAAGAUGAUGCUAAUGUAA